GGCCGCUCCUUUCUCCUCCUCCGCCCUCCCGGCGGGCGCGGGCCGCUCACCGGUAGGAGCAGGUCUCGUCUGGGGCCCGGCGGUGGCUGGCAGGCCGUCUGCCAGCGGGAGAAGGGAGGGGGCGGCCCGGGCCUCUCCCCGCUGAAGCCGCCUCUUGGUGAGCGGCGCCUGAGGGGAGCCGGGCCGAAAGCAGGGAGCUCCCCGCGCUGGUCGGGAGAGGGGUGGCCUCUGGGGCGUUUGCGAUGUACGUACUGAAAGUUGUCGUAAUCCAGCGCUCACCGAAAAACGCCUCAAAUAUGUAUUAAGCCCCCCAAAACCAGUUAACUUUGUUUUGGGAAAUCAGUAUGGCCUUUUCUGGCUUAUGUUUAAAAAUGUUUUUGAUGGACUAGCACAAUUCUGUAGCCUUUACUGCAAAAAAACCUACUGUACAGUAUGUCAGACUGCGUAGUAAAGAAUGGUGUUUCUAUCCAGUUCCUUUGUAGCGUUAAAUUUGUGUUUACUUCGUGCUUCAGAAAGCCUGGGUGCACUGACUGGCUGCUCUCAUUCCGCCUCUGUCAAGAGGCUUGCUGCAGAGAGACCUAAAGGAACAUCCUCUUCUUGCAACCCCAGAGCUACAUCACCAACGUUUAUCUCAGGGAUAAGGACAAUGACUACGUCUGAGUGCAGGCGAGCUGUGCUCAGAGGCUGGAGCCAGCACCAAGCCCCGGGCUGACAGGACUGCUGUGGGAUUUCAGACCCAAGAGAGACAGUGCAAAGUAGUCUGAGAUGUGGGUAGUGCAGGAUAUGUGUUCAUUUUGGUUGUGCCUUGUAAAAUGAAAACCAAAACAACAUGGUAUGCAGACAGAAGACCCUGAUGUCACCUCCAUCCAGCAGUUCACCUUCAGAUGCUGACUUGAGAGACUGUUAACUAUUAGUUUCUUGGGUUUUGGCUCAAGAAGUCUGAACACUAAGGAAGUACAGUUUCCAAAUGAAACUGAUGAAAUCCUCCCUUAAACAGAAGCGUACAUGUGGAAACCCUUGGAAAGCAUCCCCAGACCACUACAACAGUCGAGUUGAAUAAAAGAGGUCAACUGGCUUGAAAGCAAGGCCCUGCCUGCCGUACAGCCGCGGAGGAGAGCGCCUUGGCACAGGUGAACAGCUGAGCCCACCCAGCUGACGCUCGUAUCUCACCAAUGAUGGCAUGAACGUCCUGUUUAUAGUUGUGGAUGAUCUGCGUCCCGUUUUGGGCUGUUACGGAGAUAAGCUUGUGAAAUCUCCAAACAUUGAUCAGCUUGCUUCUCAAAGUAUUGUGUUCAGCAAUGCGUAUGCACAGCAAGCCGUGUGUGCUCCCAGUAGAGUGUCAUUUCUUACUGGACGCAGACCUGAUACUACCCGACUGUACGAUUUCUACUCCUACUGGAGAGUACAUGCAGGAAACUAUUCCACGGUGCCACAGUAUUUCAAGGAGAAUGGCUAUGUGACCUUAUCUGUGGGGAAAGUUUUUCAUCCUGGGGUUUCAUCCAAUUACAGUGAUGACUAUCCAUACAGUUGGUCCAUUCCACCCUUUCAUCCUUCAACUGAAAAGUAUGAAAAUGAUAAGACUUGUAGGGGAAAAGAUGGAAGACUUUAUGCUAACUUGGUGUGCCCAGUGAAUGUGACAGAAAUGCCUAGUGGUACUCUGCCUGAUAUUCAGAGCACUGAAGAGGCUGUACGCUUACUGAAUGUUAUGAAAACCAACAAGCAAAAAUUCUUCCUGGCUGUUGGUUACCACAAACCACAUAUCCCUCUGAGGUACCCACAGGAAUUUCUAAAGUUGUACCCCUUGGAAAACAUCACGUUAGCCCCAGAUCCCUGGGUGCCUGAGAAACUACCUUCUGUGGCGUACAACCCCUGGAUGGAUAUCAGACAGAGGGAUGAUGUGGAAGCAUUAAAUGUUAGUUUCCCAUAUGGACCACUUCCAGAUGACUUCCAGCGGCAGAUUCGUCAGAGCUAUUAUGCAGCAGUUUCUUACCUGGAUAUGCAAGUUGGCCUGCUCUUGAAUGCUUUGGAUGAUGUAGGACUCUCAAAUAGCACAAUAGUAGUUUUUACUGCUGAUCAUGGAUGGUCCCUGGGAGAACAUGGUGAAUGGGCAAAAUACAGCAAUUUUGAUGUUGCCACCCGUGUGCCGCUGAUGUUUUAUGUACCAGGAAUGACAACUUCCUCUGUUAGUCAAGGAGAGAGGGUCUUUCCCUACCUUGACCCUUUUAGCCAUAUUUUAAGCUUGGUACCUCAAGGGCGAAGCAAAAAAGUGGUUGAGCUUGUGUCUCUGUUUUCAACACUUGCUGAACUUGCUGGCCUGCAAGUUCCUCCUGCGUGCCCAGAGACUUCGUUUCAUGUUGCACUGUGCACUGAGGGAGCAAGCAUUGUCCGGUACUUUAAUGCCUCUGAAGAGAAGGUGGAGGAAGAGAAGGAUGUGUGUGAUGACACUUACAGGUGUUUUAAUGAAGAACCUGUUGCUUUCAGCCAAUAUCCCCGGCCUGCAGACACUCCUCAGUGGAACUCUGACAAGCCGAAGCUGAAAGACAUCAGAAUCAUGGGCUAUUCCAUGCGUACAAUUGACUACAGGUAUACUGUAUGGGUUCAGUUUAAUCCUAACAACUUCAGUGCUAACUUUGAGGAUGUCCAUGCAGGAGAGUUGUACGUGGUGGAGACUGAUCCAAACCAGGAUUAUAACAUCUAUAACAAUACCUCGCAUGGUUGGUUUUUCAAAAAAAUUCUUGGCUUCCUGAAGCACUAGAGUUCAGAAACUUCUUUGUGCAAGUUCUUGCCAGUGAAGUAACACUUCCUUUUUUUUGUAUAAAAACCUUUCUGUUGUACAGAAAACACUUGGAUUGAAUUAAAAUCCUGUUUGUAUCAAAA